GCUCGACCAAGUGCGUGCGUACGCCCGGAGCAGGGGUGCACACUCCCCUCCUGCCUGCGAGGGUACGGAGUUGCGCCCAUCUCUCAUGACUAUCUCUGUGUCGCAGAGAGGGUUGUGACAGAAACAGCCUGCAACCUGGCCUCGAUUCAUCGACGAUGAGCAACCGCUUGUGAUAUGGUUGGUGACGAUAUGGACAUCUUCGGUGGACCCCAGACCAUGUGCGCAUCCACCAUUAUGCUCACCGAACAACGCGGUUGUCGUUUGCAGGAGUGAGAGGGAGGACCAGUACUUUGACGAGGAACGUCCCGUAGUGUAAGAAACUGAGCGAGAGUAUCAGAAGGUAACGCGUUGCGAUGUGUACAAGAGCCUCCACAAUCUAGUUGUUCCAAGUCGUGAUUGCCCCAUCCCCAUCCGGGCGCUGUGGGAUCCUCAAUUUGGCCAACUGCAUGUCCUCAUCUGUGACUCGUUCUUGGGGAUGUGUUGCAACCUCGUAACUCCUCAAAAGCCUGUGUCAUGCACGCCGUUUGACUGUAACCAAGUGCACCCACGAUAAAGUCUUGCCAAUGUCGCAGCUGUUGACGACAUCGUGUCUGUCCCUGCCGAAAACCGCUACGAUUUUCCAAUACCCCACGUGUUUCCCUCUAUUCCCUUUCUUUCCCAUAUGACUCGGUCAUCAAAGAGGAUGUUCUGCACCCACCCGGAGAUGGUCCGUAGCAUGGUACUUCGCGCCAAGUCAACACGGACGCCAGUUUCGGUUAUGAUACGGGUCGCCCCUAUCUAAUGUCCUAUCAAGUGGAGAACAUAAUUCCGUCCCGCCUAUUUACGCAUGAAGUUUACGCAAUGCAGAUCGCAGACCCCCCGACCACUUCCAUAAUUCAAGCCUCAAUGUCUUUCCCAACUUAACUUUCUUAACUUCGGCAGCCUCACAUCGGCAUGCCUAAGCACCUACUAAAUCAAAUAUCAAGAACCUCUCGGUCCGUUCCCCCGGGAGUGGACCGAAACCCGAAUGCAGGGCCAUCGAGCGCGUAAAACCGUGAAAAGGCAAGCUUCGACCAAAUCAAAUACCAAGACGUUCCACUCUUCGAGCUGCACAUCUGGCGCAAACGCAAUCGUCGGGCAUCCACUCGUGGACCCUUUGGUUGUUGGUGUGACAAAGCAGACCCUAGAGCUACCGUCAUUCUCCAUCACGAAUGGAGUUUUCCAUCAUAGAUGGAGACGAAGCCAAGGUGGCUUCUGGCCGACCCCCUCCCGUGCAGGGCGCCGGCAUAUUUUCAGGAGAAACCCUGAUUGCGUGGUUGGACCGAGUCGAUGGCUCAAGACAACCACGAUUACCAAAUCAAAUACCAAGACAUGCCAUUCACCGAAUUUGGCGUAACCAUAUUCGUCGGGCCCCGUUCUUGUGCCUCGUAUGGUUGUGCCUGCGACAAGAAGAUUCUAGAGCGGCUGUCACACUGCAUCUCGGUGGAAAGACGAAGCCGAACGGCUUCGGGGCAUCACUGCCCAUUCACAGGACCUUUUCGUCCUGUUUACAGGAAAUUCCUGAUUGUGCGGUUGGAUUGACCGCGAUUAUCAUGUCCAAUACCAUGACAUGCCUUGGCCGUUCUGCACUUUUGCCUCAACCGUAUUCGCCGGGCCCCGUUCUUGUGCCCUGUAUGGUUGUGCCUGCGACAAGUAGAGUCUAGAGCGGCUGUCAUACUCCAUCCCGGUGGAGCCACGAAGCCAAACGGCUUUGGGGCAUUACUGCCCAUUCACAGGACCUUUCGUCCUGUUCAGGAAAUUCCUGAUUUCGCGAUUGGAAUGAGUCCAUGGCUCAUGAGAAUCGCGACUACCAAAUCAAAUACCAAUACUCGCUGUUGUCUGAACUUGUUCAUGUUCGACAACCUUCCUCAUCCCCGCUCCGAUCUCUUAUCAUCCGCAAAAGUUUCCGCAUCGCAAGGCACUAGUUCGACACCCUCGCCACGAAUCGGCUUCCUCACAAAUUUGUUCGUAGUGGGCGGUCGAGUCGUUGCGGAACCACGGAUCCUCGAUUCCGCUCAAUGAAACCCUUUGGCUGCGCCCAAAGGUCGAGGGGUACCAGGUUGGCCUCUCGUUGUGAAUGUCCCGGUGACGCGCCUCGUGUUAUUGUGGAACCUAUAGUUAUCCAUCGCUGGCGCUACACGAACGAAAUCUGCUGGACUAACGGCCAACCGACUGGAUCGCUGUUUUGUGUCGAUAGCGCGGGGCGAAUCACAAAAUCAAAUACCAAACCUUCCGUCAGUGGUCUCAUAUGCGCUUACGGUGCAAUUCUGUGUAUGUGCUGAAGAUCGACACUGAUGGAAGAUGAUGCAUCCUUUGCAAACCCAACGGUCCUUUUUUUGCUGAUGCAUGCCUGUUCUGGCACUUAUUGUACAAGUACACUACGCCUCGACCUCAUACGGCAUUCCUUUCACGCGGACGUUAAACGCCCUGGGAGAGAUUCGUGGCGCCUGCUGUCCGACCGCAAGCUACUUUCCUUUUGGUCCUGGGUCAACACUUCAUGUAGAACCAAAAAAUUGUCACUGUGUAAAGCGUAGAAUGGUCCGGAGGUUAGCGUUGAACAAUGUCGUUGUGUGUUGUACUCCUUACUAGUUGUCGUACAAGCCAAGCUUCCGUGCGUGAUGACAAUCAAUGUGACAUCGUGUGUCCUCCC